AUGAUUUGGGCAGUCCUUAAAAGGAACAGAUUCUUAAUACUGUUUAUCGUGAUUGUGUGCCCGCUUAUGUACCAUUUCAUUGUACGGAGAGAAGGUAAGUGAAGGUUUAUUUACCUUAGUGAUUUUUAUAUAAAAUUCCAGUUGCCGUCUCGGCGUUAUAAACGACAGCCGAUAAGUUAUAAACUCACUUUGCUAAGUGAAUAAAGUGAUUUUGAAGAGGUGUGUUCUUUGGCCCGAGAUAACUUAACCAGGGUUCUGCAAACAUAUCACCUUUUUGUUGAUAAACACGAAAUCGUUUGGGGACAUUGCGGCGGAUUAAGACAAGUGGCUGCAGUUUGAGUCUGAAGUUUGAGCAUUGAUCAAUGUCGAUCCCCUCUCAUCCUUGAAUCCUUUUGAUGCCCAUGACUGCCGUUUUAUUUUUAUUUAACGCUUGACAAUAUGCAGUCAUUCUUAGCAAUUACCUACCACAGAGGAGCAAAAACUUUUGAAGUCAUUAAGAUAGCUAUAGAGUACUCGUCAUAAGCAGUCCAGGCUUUCCUAACCUUCCGACUCGCAGACACUUUCCCCUGUUUUUGUAGCCGAUCCAAUGCCCAUAAGCUUUCAAUUUUACAAAAUGAUAACGUGAGAAUUCGAAAAUUUGCCUAGUCACAAUUUGAAUAUUUUAUCUUACACUAUAAUGUGAGCCUUGUUCCGCUACAUUACUCUGAAUCGGCCGAGGGAAUGUUUUGAUGUCUUUUUGCUGAAGACAUGUAUUUCCACGUCAAUAUUCAAGAGAUUGUGGAACAAUCUGAAAAACAUUGUUAUUUCGUUUUGUUUCUCAUUAUUAAAAGGAGAACUUAGUUAGCCUUUUUCAACAUCUGUGCCCCUAAAUAAUAGCUUCUGGCAGUAUUAUAAUAACAGCUGAAGAAAGAGCUGUUUGUCGGAAGUAACUUGUUUUUUUGUUGCUUAUUGUAGAUACAAUUAUAUAUUUUAAGCCUUGGGAAAAAGGAAAAGUUUUUAUUUACCAAGUCCUACCCCACCUGCCAAUUAAUUGAUCGAAAGUACUUUGUGCAAUAGACUUUUACAGAAAGAUAAAGUUUUUGCUUGGUGCUUUACUAUCUUGGCAACAAUUAAUACAUGAAUAUUUGAUUAGUCCAUACUCUGAAGAUGAAAAUUUAAGAAGCAGAUUGCAAAAAUUAGUGCAAGUAUGAAUUAAGUGCUGCAUGUAUUUUUUUAUGUUUAAAAGGGAUUUACUCAUGAUCUUUGUUGCUUUUUGCACCAAUGUUAACUGAUCAUAUGAAUGCCAGCUGAGUAUUUGGGUGAAAGACUACUAUUUUAAAAUGCAGUUACUCAAAGAAUAUUACUUCUCAGAUACCUGCUUUCACCAUAUUAAAUUGUCUGAUAGGAAAGAUUUAUGUUGGAAUUUUGCUCUCAAAAAACAAAAAAAAACUGUUUAUGUUGUGGUCCAAUAUUUCACUGAGAAGUUUUGAAAGGAUGAUUAUUCAUAUACAAAGUCCAUCCAUAACCGCCCUUCAAACAGAUACAAUAUAUGUGUGAUUGUAUGGUUUAUAUUAAUAAUGGUUAUAUUUUUUGCCAACAGAGACCAAUGUAUAGCAUACUUCAAUUACAACUCAUGAAACUUUGAGACCUAUAUUUUCAGAAUUUUUAUUCAAGAUUUUGAGACAGACCAGCAAGCCUGAGAUUCUAGGACUCUCAUUCUUAAUUCUGAGAAAUAUUUGAGACUUGGUCAUAAUUGAGCAAGAUUCACCAUUUUUGGAUAGACUGUUCUAUAUCUCUAUAAAUUUAUCAACUUGAGUGUUGUUGAAUAAGAAGUCAGGGACUGGAAAUUUUCGUUUGGCUCAUGUGCUUAAAUUUUAAUUUAAUUUUUCUGCAAUACUUCAAUCUUUAAGUACUUCAAGAUGUAACCUGCCAAAGAAUUUUCUUUCCUCCUUAAAAAAAUUAUUAAUUGUGAAUUAUACACUUUACUUUUUUAGCUUGUGUUAAAUGAUAUUUUAUUGUGAAAGGGUUUUGAGAGUGACAAUUAAUAGUAAAUGAAUACUUUUGAGCUUGCGAUCUGUUAAUUUACUGGUGAAACAAAGGCUAGUUCCUUUCUAGUCUAUUAAAUUUUCUUCCAGCUUCUUAAAACACUACCAACUGCAUGUCUUUCUCAAUCAAUAUUUCAAAAGAUUUAUUUAGGCUAGCAGCAUACAACUGACCUUAGGAAGCUUCAUCAGGCUUUUAAUAAUGCAUAGCACUGGAGAGAUUUCUGGCUGGUAUUAAAGAGUCUUGAGUUUUCACCUUCUUUGCCUUACCCUGCAAGCAGAGAUUUCUUUCUGGAAUGAGUUUUAGCAUCUACAAAGUCAUUUGCAUCACUGGUUUGUUAACUAAGUGAUUGACAAGCCUUGCUAACGACUUAAAAAAAUUUGCUAUAAGCCGUGCCAUAAAGAAAUCUUUGCUCACAGGGUAAUUUAAUUGCCCAGUAAAAAAUGUUCAUGCCAAAAUUUUAUUUUGAGAUUUUACACUUUAAAUCUGAUCCAGAGAAUCAUCAAACACUUUGCAUUUAACUAAUUUAUUCUUACAUAAAUGUAUUUUUCAUGUAACCAUCUUUACUUUAAAUAGCAUAGCUCCAAUGUUUGAUAUACAAAUGUCACAAACCUCACACAGCCCACAAUCCCUUGAUUCACCCUGACGAAGGAUAAGGGCUCAAAAUGCUUAUUGACUGGUCAAUAAUGGUGUGAUAAAUUUGGUAUGUGCCUUUCUUUCACUUGCUCGAUUUUGGCUUACCCGAGAAAAACUCUGCAAGAAUGGAGUCAGAUCUUUGUUGAGUAUACGUGGCAUGUAGCUAGGAUAUAGUUUCGAAUCCAGGUCUGAUAGCUGUAUGCUUGCUACCACAGGAUUGUUUAUGACUGGUUGAGCAAAUCAUGUGAGCAAAAAGCCUGUGCUUUUGAACAGACCUGUUAUUAGCUUGUUGUUGGAAGGUUGCAGUUUUCUCAACAUUAAAAAAUAAAUUACUAAUUUUAUUGUUAUUUUAACUUUCGUUUUAGAUUUGCCAAAAAGUUUGCCACCCAGUCAAGUAGAUGUAGAUUUGAUUACCAAAAUAGAGUCCCUAAGGGACAGAUUACGAGAUGCGGAAUUCCAGAGCUCUGCCAGAUCACAGGAGCUUAUUUUAUUAAAGACAAAGUUGUCAGCGAUGGUAGCGGAAAAAACAAAAAGAACUAACACAUCCAACAGAACUGAGAAUUCAAAUAGGAUAUUUUUUAAUGAGCACCAGGUGUUACAAUUACCAAGUAUUUAUGCUUUUAUGCCGCAUCUUAUGGAUUCCCCAAAUAGUUUAAAGCCUGCGAUACAUGUCACAAAAGAUCGUCAAGGAGGUAUGAUUGUAAUACAAUAAUGCAGAUAAUGUACAUGUAAGGAAGGUACAGCAAUUUGAGACCUUUAGAUUCUAAGACAAGAAUGACUAUGAGAACGAGAUUUUCUCAGUACUGAGUAUCGCUCACGCCUGAACCAGCAUCAUUUUGGUGGGAAAACGUGAAAGCCGACAUCAUUCUACCACGAAUUUUAGCAAGAUUGUCGUAGUGGCAGAAUUGAAUUAUCAAAUAUUAGAAAUUUUAUCAUUUUGCGAUUGGCAGAGGGCUUGACCUUCUUUUUGUAAAGAUUAACAGUGCUAACUUUUCUGGUGAAUCAAAAGUACAAUAAAAACUUUAGGUGAAAUCUCGUACUUGUGGUCCUUUUUGACCUUGAAUCAAAAGGUCUAAUCGCGUUUGUCAGAACGCAUCUUAAUCCUGGUGCUCCUGUGGUACAAAGCCCCAGUUUCGAGGUAAUGGGGGCAACUAGUGAUUAGCCGCCCCCACUGAUUUUAUCAGAGGCAUCUCAGCCGGGGAGCUGGACUCCUUUUGACUCGAUUUCAUUCCCGUAAGUGACGAAUGCGGAUCCGUAAUCAUUGAUUACCUCUAGUGUUAUUAACUAUAGUAGUUGUGAUAGCAAUAAUGACAAGUAUCUCAUAGCAAAUGGUGUGGCUGAGAGCUUAGAUCUUCCUUACAAUGUACUCAAUUUUUUGGUGAUGGUCCGGAUUUGCAACAAAAUCUAUGCCAUUGUCUAACAAAGAUCAACAGUUGGUACAAAAAUGGUCAAAACAUGCAAUAGCAAAGUGACCACCAUGAGUCAAACAAUAAACAGCUUAUAAUAAUGCGUGUGAUGCAUGAUCUAUAAUAUCUUUCAUCGCUCUCUUAACCUCGGCAUUUUUUGCCAAGUUAGAUCAUGGCACGUAAAGUAUUUAACACAGCAUUUUGUCGUUGCUCCCUGCAAACUUCUAUAUUGCAGUUUCUUUAGUGUUUGGAAUUCCCACGAUAAAGCGUGAGAAGACAUCAUACCUUGUGAAUACUCUUGCAUCCCUCCUGGAUGGAAUGACACAGGAAGACAAAGAUGACAGUGUUAUAGUUAUCUUUGUGGGUGAGGUAAAUACCUUUAUUUUGUUAUUAAGCCAGCCCUUGACCGACAAGAGCAUGAUGUGUAGCCAACUUCAUCAAAUCUUACCUUGGAUACCAAAAGGUGACUAUAGAGGCUACCUCUGUAGCCUGUGAACAGCAGACGCAUUUCCGGUCGUCACUUCUCCCCCUCUGAAAGGGAGGAAGAGAAGCGACGACCGGAAAUGCAUCUGCUGUUCACCGGCUUCUACCUCUGUUGUGUGAUAGAAUUCUCCCGUAAUUGGUUAUGUUAUAACUCUGUAUGUGCACAUCGCUUGAGCAGAUAAAGGUAAGAGAGGGCUCACUUCCAUAGCCAAGAACCAUGAAGUUGCCUAUUUCAGUCAAUGUCAGUCAAUACCAAGUGACCAUGAUACUUUUGAUAUCUUGUUAUUUAUUUGGAGUUCUAAUUUUACCUGCAGACCAACAGAGAGUAUGCAUCAAGUGUUGCUAAUGAUGUGAAAGAAAGGUAAUACUCAGUAUUAUUAUUGAUAUUAGGAGUCUCUUGUUUUUGAGUGCCCUAAAAUGGAAUACAUAGUAGAAGUUUAGUGAUAAGGGUUAGGAAACUGAGUGAAUCAAGUUUCAGGUCAGUUUUCCCAGUAUAAUGACUCUAAAAUUUAAUGGAACCCAAUUCACUACGUUUCCUUUCUCUAACCACUAAACUUCAGCGGCAUAGUCCAUUUUAGGGUAGUCCAGUGUUUUGUCUACUGCUCAUAAACAGUAUAUGUAAUGAAGUUAUGAAUAUAUGAAAAUCAUACAGGAGACCUGCGGGGUGAAGAAUUAUAUGAAAGAAGAUCAUCGCAGUUAUAGAUGCAACUUUUGCAGUUGCAAAAAGAAAGCCUGAGAAAUUCAGGCUUGUCAGGAUUCAAACCCUUCACCUCUGCAAUACCAGGGCAGCGCUCUACCAAUUGAGUUAACAAGCCAACUGGAAGCAGGUAAUUGAAUUAGUUCGUAUUAAACCCGUGAAACGAUGUAUGAUUUUCAUAUAUUCAUAACUUCAUCAUCAUCCUUUCAUGGGUUUAAUACGAACCAAUUCAAUAAGGUAUUUUGGUGACUUGAAAGGAAUUUAAAGGCUGUCAUUGUGAGCACUAACCCUCUGUAGCUUAAAAUGAAUUCCAGGUCAAAAUCAUUUUCCUUUUGAAGUGCAAUGGGAACCUGCCAUACAUCCUAGUGGUUGUGGUAUUGACAGGUUUCCACUUGAGUUUUAUUUGUAUGUUCCUUUACUUCAGGUUUUCUUCAGAUGUUGAAUCUGGAUUAGUGGAGAUUGUGUCUCCUUCUACCAGUUUCUAUCCAGAUUUGGAAGCUGUACCACUUACAUUUGGUGAUUCAAGGGAGAGAGUCAAGUAAGCAAAACUUGUGUGAUGAAAAGCUGUGAAUGCUUGAGACAAUAUUUCUCAAAUGUUAAUGCAUUGCAAAGACGAAGCUAUUAAAUUAGACAUAACCUCAGCUGAGCACCAGAGGUGAUACAUUUCAUGGUUUUGUAGUUUGCUUGUGUGUGUCCUGAGCCUUAUCUCCAUUGCAAGUCCAGCCCUCUGUUCUGUUCUGUCAACAGUCCUGAACUAAAUUGACGCAUGUUCAACAUUCUCCUAGUUUGAGAGAUACGUGUACAUAUGAAUUCACUCCCUUUGAAAGAGGUCACAUCCCAACUAUAAUGUGUAACUGUAUAUAAUGUUACAGUUGUAAAUUAAAUUAAGGUUAGGAUUAUUCUUUAACCUGGAUUAAUUUUCAAUUUCCUCAAUCUCCUAACCCAUGUUAUUCAUAAAUUGGGAAUCAAAGGUAAUUAAGAGUUACCCUUAGCUGGGUUAAAAAAUGUGGUGCUGCCAGAUUAAUUUGUUGACAGCUAGUUGCAGACUCACUGCCAGUUUAAUAUUUGGUUGUUCGGUUGUAGAUGGAGAACAAAACAAAAUCUUGAUUUCUGUUUCCUGAUGAUGUACUGCCAACGAAAAGCAAGAUUUUAUAUUCAGGUGAAUACGUUCACUUUUUAGUUUGAAUUUAAUAUAAUAGAUUAUUAUGGUCACAGAUAAUGAGCUUGUUUGGGCUAACUACCACUGCAAUGAUUUGUAGUUAAUGAUGUCUCAACUUUUUUUGUCCUGUUUGUGUCUAGCUUGAAGAUGAUUUGGUGGCUACACCUAGUUUUGCCUCCACCAUCAAAACAUUUGCACUUCAGCAAGUGACAAAUGAAUGGCUUAUGCUGGAGUUCUCUACUCUUGGUUUCAUAGGUAAGUUGCAAGCAUGUAUUAUUAUUUUUACUUACUGUACAUGUACUGCAUGUGUGUCACCUUUUGGUACAUUAUGUACCAUUUUCUUCUCAUUAUCCCUUUAAUUAAGGGUUUUUUUUUUCAACCAACGAAGUAAAGCAAAGCAAAGAGUUAGUUCAAUUAACUUUUGCUCUUUAUCUCUUAAUUUCUUCCUUUUUUUUGUGAUCUUUUUCAAUAGUAUGUUUUGGAGAUAUUGACUAAGUAAACAAAAAAAAGGGACUUUGAAUAUAACAUGUGUUAAAACAUGGUACACAAGAAGAAUUUUAUGAUCAUUACAUGUACAGUAAACACCCGCUAAUAAGAACCUGUGGAUUAAGAACCUCCUGGCAGAAACUUGCCACUUUAAUAACCAAAAAUACAAGAACCUGUUAGGCCAAGCAGGUUCUUCUAUGCUAAACAAUUUAACAAAGGAGUUUAACUUCGAGUCGCAAUUCAAGUAUAACAAAAACACCCUGUACUAAACUGUAUUUAAAUUUGGUAAUCAGUUAUGUUAUGGUUAUAAUAAUUCAAUGGUGAAUAAAUAAUUUAAUGUUUAUUCAUUUUUCUGGGAAUCAGGAAUCUAUUAUCUCCUUCAUAAAAAUUAAGAACCUACUCAGCCUAAUUAAAUGGCCAAUAAGUACCCCAAAAUAAAACAACCUAUUUUGCCAGACUUAAAAAAAGUAGGUUCUUAUUAGCGGGCAUUUGCUGUAUUUCAAUUCGGUAGGAAAGCUUUUCCGCUCAAGUGACCUUAGUUUGGUGGUAGAAUUCAUUCUCUUGUUCUACAAAGACAAGCCUGUUGACUGGCUUAUGGAUCACAUUCUUUGGGUAAAAGUCUGCAACCCAGAGAAAGAUCAAGUAAGUGUAUAAAGUAUAAAAAUAAUGGAUUGAUUGUUGUCUGUCAAGAGCCUUUAAAUAUUUAUUGGUUGUGGUGAGAAGACUUCUGCUACCGCUAAUGAUGAUGAUGAUGAUGGAAAUGGUGAUGAUGGUGAUGAUGAUGAUGAUGAUUAUGAUGGAAAUGGUGAUGAUAAACAUGAAGCUAAUCAUGAUGAUUAAGUUAAUGAUAAUAAUCAUAAUGUUGGUGAUGAUGAUGAUCUGUAAAUGAAGAUAUAUGAUCGUUGCAGUGGUAAUUGCAAUUUUAAGCAAUUGCAAAUGCACGCGAAAAAAUUCAGGACUUCAACAGGAUUCAAACCCAGGGCUUUCAGUUCGCAUCAUCAUUCUGUGAUGAUGAUGAUUGUGAAGUUGAAAGUGAUGGUAAUAAUAAUACAUGUAAUAUUUGCGAUGGUGAUGUCAAUGAUGUGUAAGAGUUGAUGAUGUUGAUGCUGUCUGAUGAUAAUGGAGAUGAUGAUGGUGAUGAUGGGAAUGAUUGUGAUGAUGUUGAAUGGUAGUGUUGUUGAUAGUAAAGAUUGUUGUUCUUUUCUUUUUUAGCAACAUUGUACAAGGGAAAAAAUGCACCUGCGAAUAAGGUUCAAACCCUCCCUGUUUCAACAUGUAGGAAAAGAAUCAUCACUCAAAGGAAAGAAACAGACUUUGAUUGUAAGUGAAAACUAGUCCCUCUUAAAUAGUUUUAGCCGUUUACACACACACGCAGCUGUUUAAUCACUUCUUUUGAUAUUACUGACAAGAAUUUGCUUUCAAGUUUUUUUCCUUUGGCUAUCAUUAAAGAUUCUCAUGAUCUUUGCACUGAUAAAUGGAUAUAGUGGAGAGACCCAGGGCCCCCCCCCCCCCCCCCCCUUUUGGCCCAACUGAACCCCCCCGGGCGGGAAAAAAAAAAUUUUUUGGGCUGGGUUCCCCUUUUUUCCUUUAAGGGUCUUGGUUGGGGGGGCCCCCCACUUUUUUGUUUUUCAUCGUGUAGUGUUGUUAGAAAAAACCCAUAGGGGGGUUGUAGCGGGUUGGGGUUUUCAUUGUUGUAUCCUUUUUCCACACCAUGCCGGUUUUUUAUUUCUUUUUUUUGUAUUUUAUAGAAAAAUUUUGUUUUCGGGUUUUUUUCCUUUGGUUUUCAUUAAAGAUUUCCAUAUCCUUGGCCUUGAAAAAGGGUAAAGUGGGGGGACCCCGGGCCCCCCCCCCCUCCCACCUUUUAGGCCAAACUGAAUCCCUCAGGACUGGAAAAAAAUCAUUUUUGAGGCUGAGUUCCCCUGUUGUCCUAUAAGGGUCUGGAUGAGCAUGGCCACCAUAUUGUUGUUGUUCAGACUGUUAUGGCUUAGAAAAUAAACCCUAAGGAGAGUAGUAGAAGAUUGGGGAAAAUGUGCUGAACAUAUCAUUUUCAUUGAGUUGCUUUUUUCUGUUAUUCUCCACACUUUAUAGACCUGGGUAAUGUAAUAUAGUAUUAUUCAGUUUUGAUAUCUUGUUGUUUAUUUGUAAAAGGAUAAAGACUUCAAGAAAGCACCAUUAUUCCAAGCGCACCUAAACCCUCAAGCUGAGGCAGUGACCACACUGGAACCUUAUCAAGCCUUCAGUAUUGAUCGUGCGUACAAGGGACAGACAUUCUUCUGGGCUUAUCCACCACAUGCUGAUGAUGUUAUAAGACUGAAAUUCCACAAGGAAAUUAGAAUAGAAAGGUAUGUUCUUUUCCUGCUGCUGCAUCUGCUGCUUAUCAGUCUUUAUCAUCAUUAGCAAUCAUAAAUAAUGUGAGAUUCACCAUGAUUAUUUUGCCUUGGGGAGGGGGGCACUUUUGCACUCAAGUGGAGGAAGAUUGCACCAUUACAUGACAACAUUAGCCUGCCCAGAUGGCGUGAGAGUUGUUAUUUAUUUAUUUAUUUAUUUUUUUUGGCGGGGAGGGGGGGGGAUUGUAGCACGGCUUCACAAUUCCCCGGUCAGUGCAAGCAGCCACACAGGCUAUGCUGACAUCUGAUCUCAACUCUCUGAUUCCACUAGAAUUCAGGCACUAGCUGUGAGGGGGAAAACUGGUGCUGUUUAGUGGUGGACCAUUUAACUUUUGCUAAGUGGAGGUUGGCUGAUUUACUUUGGGCAGGAAUAUUUCUCCAGGCCUACAACAAUUACUUUUGUCAACAUUUUUCAUAUUUCUUGGUGUAAAUAUAAGACUCAAUGCAAGAAUUUUCAUUCCAAGUCAGUUUGCAGGAAAUUCUCUACUGGAGUCACCCACCCUACCCUCCCCUAUUCUAUUUUCCAUUAACACUGCAACAUACAAAAAUGCACAUAGAACAUGCUCGAAGUUAACAGACUGAAGAAAAAAAUAACCAUUGGAAAAAGAUCAGCAUGUUCAUGUUUCAUUUCUAUUAUUUGUAGCACUGGAGGGUUUAAUUUGCAGGUCUGCAGGUGUGGCGCUACAUCCUAAACACCUUUAGUUGCCCUGCACCCACACCAGCCCCUUCAUCCUUACCUUUCAUUCAAUUUGUCAGGUUCAAGUUCAAGUCAGGAAACCUUGAACAUCCAGGUGAUAUUAUAAGAAAUGCUUCUGUUGAAGUUCUUCCUGUGAAGGCAUUGGCUCAAGCCAAGAAGAUGUCAGGUUAGAUUCACUUAAAGUUACAUAGUCAUUUUGCCUUGUUCUCUAACCUCCCUGACAGAAUCGGGCUCGUUCUGGCAUGGUUUGAAAGAUCUCUUCAACCUGCACAAGUUAGCUGAGAAAGUUGUCCUUGACCAUUAAAACUGAUGAUCUCACACACGGUAAAACGACAUGGAUCAGCAUGAGAGGUUACAGGCAGUUCGGUGGUGAAUGGUUAAACAGGCAGCCAGUAUCCUUAAAAAUGAUUUUUUUUUUCUUCAGAACCUGGAAGAGAUGCAUCUCCAGAAGCCAAGAAGAAUUUCAUGAAGUAUGAAUAUCCAUUAUCUAGUUACAUCAGAGUAGGAGUCUUUAGUCCCAACGGACUAGCUGAAGGUCACGUUCCACAGGAUAUUGGCAAAGUCUCAGAGAUGAGAAUACGAGUCUGGGGCCACAACAGUGAAAGUUGGAUUAUUUUAAGUGAGGUAAAAACAGUGUAA